UAAAAGAGACGUAUUUAGUAACGUUGCGCGAUCAAUCAGUUUAUUCUCAUGGAAUUAAAUCCUUUCUUUGUCUAUUGAUUGGAAACUGUUUGGGCCGUUCAUUGACGUGCUGCAUGUUGAAAUUGCAGUUCACACUUUGAAGAGAGGCUCAAAAUGUAACCCAUUUUUUCGAAUUCUUUGUUCAAAUUACACUAUUGUGGUACAAAAUACUAAUAUAAUUACCCAUACUACUCACAACGUCCAUGACGAAGACUGCAAAAGAAUGAGGUAAAAAAAAAGAAACAUUUGAGAGAGGCAGAAAGGAAAACCUGUGAACAGUGAAUUUAUCUCUUAGGAAGCGAGAAGCACGUUUACCAGAAGACAUACAGCAAGUAAAUUCUGUGGCGUCAAAUUACGGAGUACAAAUUGUACCCAACGAAGCUUAUCUCGACGGUGACUGAAACACCAGAGCAUAUUCUAUAUACGAAAACUCAGAUCUGCCGAUUAAAUCAGAUCCAAGUCCUUUGCUAGGUGACUGUGCAGCUUUAUUGCUGUUUUUCUGUUAUGACAUUCAUGAUGCUCUAGGAGUAUCUGGCUGGUUUGUUAGGAAUUAAUUUUCUAGUUAUAUUCUCGUCCUGCUGAUAUCAAAAGCACUCGUCGAGUGCGAAGAGAACUAAUUAUUAUUCGCAUUGCAAACGAGCUACCAUCAUGGCGAAACGUCACAAAAUAUGAGAUCGAACAUUCCUCUUAGAAUGGAUCAACUGAGAUACAGUGGACUACCAAAGUCCCAACAACGGGCGAACCCUUGGUUACUAGAAGCACGCGCUUACUCGAACCAAAUUUUUUUCCCUGCAUUUGUUCCAUACUAUGCUGCCAUUUUUAAUACCUUCGAUACCUAGAUUGAACGCUCCGCUAACUUGAAGUUAUCUUAUUCUUCUUAAUUUAUAAUCCUCGAUAACUCAAGCUCUUUCAAGAAUUUAAGUGUAAUAUGUGUAUUAUCAAACACAACCGGUAUGUGAGUUGUUGUGUUAAAACGGUCGGUGUGAAUCACACGAAAUAACUUAAUGGUUUUAAGAAAAAAGUUAACUCAGGCCUGUCGAUGUUAAGGCACAGACACAGAAUCUUUUAGAUGUAUAGGACGCAUCUCGACCCGAAUAUGGUUUUUUGAUUCCGAGGUUGGUUGCUCAGAAACAUAAAUUCAUCUCAAUUGACCCCGUAGGUGGAUAAAGAAUAGAAUAAUGUUUUGUGCGAUAUUACAGGCAUCACAGUCAUGAUCGCGCUCGUUUGGCUAAUUUUGAGCUGCACGCGGUUAUUGCCCAAAGCACCUAAACAGCCGUAUUCGACCCCCACUUUUGUAUAAUUUUUUAUCGUCUUCUUGUCUUAGACCAGGUGGCUCGUACCAGUUUUCAUCCUUUUUUGGCAGUUUAAACAUACACAAAUAUUUUAUAUUAAGACGGCCAUGCCAGCCAAAACUAGCCGUACAAGAAUACACUGCUUUAAACAUUGCAACUUUCUCAAGGGUGUGAACAUUGCUUUCACCGUCACUUGUGAGCAUUGAGUAGAAAGUCCUUCAAAUUAGGAUAUCCAAUAAACUCAAAAAAGUCAUGCAGCGCUUUUUUGACAAUUUUGGUGAAUUAUUCAGUACAUUAGUGGCUUCCCCACGACCGACUUUCUUGGAAUAUACUGUUAUUUUACUGAUCCAUUUGGUGGACUUUGUCUAAGUGCUCCGGUUACACUAGUCACGCUGUAAAUGGUACGGCACUUUUCUUUCCUGCAUGCGUUCAAAAUUUAAAAAGCACCUUUUUUCUCCCGUUCUUUUGAUAUCGGUUUCCGAAACCAGUCGAUAGAAAUCGUUAAAGAGAAAAGUUUUGAGCACGAUUAAUAUCGGUCUUUUAUAUCUAAAGAUAUUUAUGGAGUUCAACAUUAUACACUUAAUGUCAGAUCCCGUGGGAAACAGUUAGUCUUGUUUUCCCGAGAGUCCUGAUGUUUCCUGAGACGAAACAUCAGGACAUCAGGGGCGCUUUCCAUUCAACAAAAAUUCCGGUUUGAAAUUUCGGAAACUUCACGUGCUCAGUGGAACGGUACAUUCCAAUUGCACAAACCCGACCCAAGCCACCGCGCGUUUUGUUAUUGUGGCUUCGCAGCACACUCAUAAUUACGCUCUAAAAGAGAAAAGUGAAUACCGUUUAUAUCCUAAAGAACACUCGACUGUCGAAAAGGGGCGGUGGAAAACUAAAGGCAGAGGAAUCCUAUUUCGUGUAAAAAGCCUAUGAAUGCAAGUGACGGUAAAAAAUUCUUGUGAAUCGAAUCGAUACGUUUCUCAGAAUAUUCGAACGAUUCGAAGCAAUUCCUGGAGCUGUGCGGUAAAUAAAUUCGGUGUUUAGCCAAUUUGUAUUCAGCCAGGCUUUGUUGUAUUGAUUUUAGCUUAAUUGAUAAAUUGCUUUAGUUAAAUAUCGUCGACAGGUUUCAGAUAAAUAAAACGCUGAUUCUCACGGACUUUUAUACAAUUGUACCUUGAUUACACACACUUUUUUUCAGGUGAGGACAAAACAUGGACCAGGGGUACAUGGACCCCCUCUUUGGACCGGGUCCAUGGACCACUUUCAUGGACCGGGUCCAUGGACCCCUGUCAUGGACCAGGUCCAUGGACAGUUUUUUUUUAUUUUUAUAAGAAGGUUUUGCACCAGGUCCAUGGACACUCAAAAACAGAAAUAGUGCCAAAAAAAGAUUUGACGAGACGCUGUCGACCAAUGCUCACGAUUGAUCACAAAUAUUUAGUUGUGCUUACAUGACAUACACUCUGCUUGCACAUGUGCAGUCGCAAGACUGUUAAAUUAAGCUGAUUCAAAAGUUAUCACCAAGAGAGGAAUUACGCGCCCCAGUACAAAGACACUCAUCACCCUUAGAAAAACAAGCUGGAGUUAAGAAUUCAUUGCUUUUAGAGCAAUCAUGACUGAGUCACAUCGCAAUUCUCCAUAGUUGAUGUAGCUUCAGUUUAAGCUACAAUCCCUGCCACUUCUUCUUCUUCAAGAUCUGGAUCUGUAAAUCACUAUCCGUGAGAAUUUAUGAUCGUCCUGCUAAAAGAGCUAAGGAGCUGGGCCCAGCGUGACAAAACAUUGCAGGAAAAAGUGACAUUCAUGGACAAAAAGAAAGUAGCUUAGAAUUAUUCAGAUCCAGGAUGCACUUUGGAGAAAUUAAACAACCUAAAACCCUUUUGAUCAGCCGCAAUGAACAGCUUUACAUUUUAAAAGAGGUAGAAAAUCAAUAUGUGUGUCACGACCUCUCGGUAUGAAAUAAGCGGCAAAAAUUCACUUUUGCCCAGUCAAAAGGUUUUCCUCCGAAGCCUAAUCUACCCAUCAGAGAAAACAAUUCAUUGGAACUAGCAGCAUUUUGGCAUGAGGUACCAACCCCCCGCCCUUUUUUUUUACACUAUGUAAGCACAAUUAAACAUUACUGAUCAAUCGAGCAUUGUUUGUUGUUGCUUUUGUUUUUUAACCUUAUUUUUGCACCAUUUGUUUUUGUUCAUUUCUCAUUAUUAAAAAAAACUGUCCAUGGACCCGGUCCACGACAGGGGGUCCAUGGGCCCGGUCCAUGAAAGUGGUCCAUGGACCCGGUCCAAAGUGGGGAUCCAUGGACCCCUGGUCCAUGUUUUGUCCUCACCCCUUUUUUUCACCUACGUGUCGUGUUGCGUCAGUUAUUUGACAAAAAUCGAAAAAAAUUGCAACUGAUUCAAACUAUUUGAGAUGUCAUGCUUUACUCACAGCACUUCACUUUCCAUUGGAAACUACUUGGUCUUGUAAGCAGGAUAGAAAAGAGCGGUACUGGGGACAACAAUUCUGGCAAAUGGAAAGGGACAGUUCGGUCCGACCGACCGAAAUGACCAGACCGGUCACAGUGGACCACCUUCAAAGCUGGUCCCGAAUAUUCCGGUCGGACCAAACCGAAAUGGUCCGGUCCAUUUGAUGAACCAACCGAAAUUUCCGGACUUUUGGGUUGAAUGGAAAGCGCCCCAGGACUCGAAAGUGAAAACUAGCAGUGUUUUUCCCACCUUCUGUCACGCCACUUUCCACCAUUUUUUGAUCCGGCGUGCUGUAAUGUAUCCCGAGCAGGGUACAAUUGCUCAAGUGUAUCUCGAUCGGGAUACAUUUGAUUUUAUUCAAGGCCAUGUGACCAAGCUUCAGCCAAUGGCAGUCCCUGUUUAAUUGAGCGAAAGUCUAGGAAUAUUACAAAUAAGAAUAUGCUACCUGUAUGGCUUUAUUGAGUCAUACAGUCAUCGCUCUUAUAAUCAUCGAUAUCAAUACUACGAAAACGAAAACGGGACCAAAUUGCCCUGUGUUUGGAUUUUGCAGUUGAUGUCUCGCCGUGGUAACUCCAUAAAUUAGAGACCUUUAGCAUCAGGUUUUUCAUGGGAAACCGCAAACCGCAGUUUGCAGUUACGGGUUUGCAGUUUCACGUUGCCGAGAUUUCAAAUUUUAGCAAGUCGUGCAGUUCAGUUCAGUUUAUUUCAUUCUUAUUUAGCCAAAAUAUUUAACAAUUAUUCCUCGAGCCCGAAUGGGCUCUGAGUCAGUAGCCCAUGAGGCCGAAGGCAGAAUGGGCUACUGACUCAGAGGCCAUGAGGGCGAGAGGAAUAAUUGUUUUAGUAAAAUCCAACUAGUUGGUCAAAAGAUAUCGAGACAAAACAACUUUAGCUAGAUAAAGCUAGACUUUAAUCCUUUUUUGCCGCCAAAAAGCCGGCGCUUUUCGCUACUAGUGGGCUAUAACAUUUAGCCUAGUAGUAGCUCAACCAAUCAGAACGCAGCAUUGUUGAUAGACUACUAGUUGGAUUUUACUAAAAUACAAUACAAGAAUACAUAUAGGAAUUGCAAGUUGGCAAGGGAGCCCAGAAGAAACCAGAAAGCUUAUGAAGCCUGGGCUCCCCAGUUACAAAGAAAUACUAAAGUAAAAUAAAAUGAAAUUCCCUGAGUGAUACGUUAAAUAUAGGAACUAAACAGAGACUUUUUAAGUAAUGAAUUCAGUAACAAGAUAGAUAAAAAUUUUUAACUCUGGGUUGGAACAGAAAACUCUCUUAUGUUAUUACGGCAGGAGUAUAAAAUCGAUUUGAACUACGAGUUCAUUGUUUAGUGCCUCCAUGUUGUUUUUCAUCAAGUCGAAGUGCAUCACUUUUAUCGCUCAAAAACAGGAAUAAUUCAUUGAUUCAAGAUCAAAAAUCCAACAAACACAUCGCAAACGGAUUUAAAAAGCUACUUCGUGCCUUUAAAUGCGAGACUGUACAAUUUUUAGUGCCAAAAAACCUUGCCGUAAAUCACUUACCGCUAGAAGCCCUUCCUGCGGUUCAAACGUGAACUGCAAACUGCAAACGUGACCGCAAGGCCGUAGUCACGUGACAUUUUGGGGUUUACGGUUUUCCAUGAAAAACCUGAUGCUAAAGGUCUCUAAUAUGGGUAAUAACCCCCGGGUAAUAACAAACAGCCAAUUCUUUAUUUAUUUAUUUAUUUCUCUCAGUCGCCCUAAGUAACAAAGAAUUAAAGAACAGCUGGCUCUUUACGAAUUGAAUCUUUUGCGGUUUUUGCUUUCAAACACACACAAAUUCACCGGAAAUUUUAUCAUCUUUUACUAAAUACCUUUCAAAGGCGCUCCAAUGAAACACCUGCUAAACGCGAGCCGUUUUCUUCAUCACAUCCUUUUCUGUUUACAUGGAGAUUAACCGUCAUAGUGUUUCCCAGGCUCUUUUCGGCCUUUUAUUGGAAGUAAUGAACCCUGGGCCAUGGGAAUAACUCUUUAUUUUUUGUGUAUCUUACUGUCUGAUCCAUCGAUCUUGAUUUUAGAGCCGUCUGAAACACUAAUUUAUUAUUUACUAAUGUUUUCAUAGUUAGAAUCAUGUUUUAAAAUCCUCUACAACAGAAACAAUAACAUAUUUCUUAUUGUAAAGCAAAAGUUGCGUGUUUCAUUAUAUCAAGAAAGUAAUGAAUUUAGUUCCAAUCAUUACGUUUCAUUAACAUUCCCCUGUGCAGGACUUGUGGAGAUAUAUAUAAACUAGACACCCUACAUAUGAUCUUUAGCUCGCACCUCCACGAGUGGGGUUGAUGGUAACUUCCCACCCACGCCUUCCCUAACGCAACAUUCACAUCGAUCAUUGAACUGAAAUACUUAUCACUUAAGAAAACUGUUGGGUUAGGUAAGGAGAAGAUGAAAAGUUGCCCAGAAUAGCGAACUGGCCCUGACAAAUCACUAACGUAAAUUUCAAGAAGAAACCAGUCCUCUUGGUUGCAGUGUGAACUCAAUGUUUUUUUUUUUGUGAAGUUUUAUUGAGAUUUAAAUGCAAUUUGACCACAUGGCUAUAAAAAUAAAAUUAAAAAAAUAUUUGCAACAAACUUGUCACUAACGCUCUUCAGCUGUCCUUCUAGAGGGUAUGAUUUAGGCACAACUCUCUGAUAAUGCACUAUAACGUCCGCCAUCUUGUUUUGUCUCUUGGUACUGAUGCCCAGACCCUUGCAUCACAGCUACAAUCGGCGACAAAAUUGUUGAGACAUUGUACUUAAAUAGGGUGACUUCGGAGAACAAAAGAAUCCGCACCCCUCCCCUGUCCCCUCCAUUCAAAGUUGGGGUGUUUGUUGUUUUCUAUAGGUAGCUAGAACAAGGGCACAACAUUGCACUGAGGGGAUGGGGGAGGAAAGCUAUACUUCCUCCUUUUGAAGUUCAUAAAACGUAAAAAAGCCCACUUUUGACUUUUGGGCGAAGUGUCUCAACUCAUUUUGUAGCCGAUUGUAGAUCGCUCGACCCCGCUCGCCUCAACGCCUUCUCUUUUUACGCCCCGGUUAUACUGUAUACUUCGGCUUCUUCACGGCACGCUCAGCCUCAUUCAAUAAAACAUGUAACUAAUUUGGUUGGACCUGAGGAGAGGGGAAGACGUCUGAGCCUGUCGCCUUGCCGUUCACGUUCUCAAAAAACUUAAAAUUUGGCUGUUUCAUGUCAAAGUUAUGUAUAGCCUGCGCACCUAGAGAUAUUUACGUUUGUCGCUUUUCUUCGCUCGAGCGGACUCAGCGAGGACGAGGUUAUCAAGCGGAAACGCUUGCCACGUAGGUUACACAUGCUUCCCUGUUCGUUCCACCAAUCUAGAUAUAGAAAAAUGAGAAUUCUUCUUUGCGCUCUUAAACUGAAAUAAGCAGCUACUUAUAUUCAUAGAAAUUCCAUGAAAGUGGCAAUAAAAGAAUUAUAAAAGUCAAACAAAGAAGUUGUUUGAACAAAAUGCCACAGGUUCAUGCUUGCAUGACUAAUCAAGAGUUUUCUUGCGGUUUCAAGUUGCAUGCCAUUGGUGAAUAAGCAAUUGGCCUGUCAAAAUUUGCACAAAUUAAACCCCGGGAGAAACCAUAAAAGGGAAGAAUUUGGUAACGUUGCGCGAUCAAUCAGUUUAUUCUCAUUAGUGGAAUGCAAUCCUCUCUUCGUCCAUUGAUUGGAAACUGUUUGGGCCGUUCAUUGGCAUACUGCAUGUUGAAAUUGCAGUUUAGACUUUGAAGAGAGGCACAAAAGGUAACCCAAUUUUUCGAAUUCUUUGUUGAAAUUACGCUAUUGUGGUACAAAAUACUAAUAUAAUUACCCAUACUACUCACAACGUCCAUGACGAAGACUGCAAGAGAAUGAAAAAAAAAAAAACAUUUGAGAGAGGCAUGCGGAAAGCAAAACCUGAGAACAGUGAAUUUAUCUUUUAGGAAGCGAGAAGCACGUUUACCAGAAGACAUACAGCAGAUAAAUUCUGUGGCGUUAAGUACGGAGUACAACUUGUACCCAACGAAGCUUAUCUCGACGGUGACUGACACACUAGAGCGUUUUCUGUACACGAAAACUCAGAUCUGAUUAAACCAAAUCUAAGUCCUUUGUUAGGUGAGUGUGCAGCUUUAUUGCUAUUUCUCUGUUAUGACAUUCAUGAUCCUGUAGGAGUAUUUGACUGGCUUGUUAGGCAAUGAUUUUCUAGUUAUUUCCUCGUCCGUAGUAACUCCAUAAAUAUGGGUAAUAACCCCCCGGGGUAAUAACAAACAGCCAAUUCGUUUUCUGUACACGAAAACUCAGAUCUGAUUAAACCAAAUCUAAGUCCUUUGUUAGGUGAGUGUGCAGCUUUAUUGCUAUUUCUCUGUUAUGACAUUCAUGAUCCUGUAGGAGUAUCUGACUGGCUUGUUAGGCAAUGAUUUUCUAGUUAUUUCCUCGUCCGUAGUAACUCCAUAAAUAUGGGUAAUAACCCCCCGGGGUAAUAACAAACAGCCAAUUCUUUUUUUAUUUAUUUAUUUCUGUCAGUCGCCCUAAGAAACAAAGAAAGAACAGCUAGCUUUAGGAAUUAAAUCUUUUGCUGUUUUUGCUUUCAAAGACACCCAAAUUCAUCGGAAAUUUUAUCAUCUUUGACUAAAUACCUUUUAAAGACGCUCCAAUAAAACAACUGCUAAACGCCAGCCGUUUUCUUCAUCACAUCCUUUUCUGUUUACAUCGAAUUUGACCGCCAUAGUGCUUCCCAGGCUCUUUUCAGCCCUUUUUUAGAAGUGAAAAGCCUAUUUGUUGACGUUUGUCAGCGUUGAAGAGUCAAUCUCACGAAAAAAGCAUUUUCUUAAAAAUUCGUAGUCUUUUUUCCUUCAAAUUUUUUCAGGGCCACAAUUGAUUAACUAACUACCCAGACUCUGAAUUUCAUGGUCAUUGAAAAACUGUGACAUUACCUUCUAUAAGCCCAAACUUGAUUAAACAUUGAAGAUCUUUAGCGUUUUGGCUGAGUUUGUGCUUUGGGAGUUGUCUAUUGUUUUUAGUCUGUCAUUAUACAGCAUCCUUGUUCAGCACGCGUGCAAUGACCACGCUUGGCUGACUUCCGAAUGCUCACCGAGAUACCGUAUGAUAAUUUAGUAUAAGAAAAUAGAAGGGAUUCCCGUCACGAGUUGGUUUAAUUAUUGGCUUGCAUUAAACCUAUGAAAAAAUGAUAUUUUUUUAAUAGUAAGUAGAUUUAGUGUGUAGCACUUCUUGAUUCUUUUGCAAAGGCACAAGAAGCGCGAGAAUUGAUUAAAAAUUGUGAGUUAAACCUCUAUGUAUCACGCGAUGGCCUGUCUCACUGUACCAAAAUUAUCAUAUCUCGGUGAGCAUUCGGAAGUCAGCCAAGCGCGGUCAUUGCACGCGUGCUGAGCAAGAAUGCUGUAUAAUGACAGACUAGAAACAAUAGACAACUCCCAAAGCACAAACUCGGCCAAAACGCUAAAAACCUUCAAUGUUUACUCAAGUUUGGGCUUGUAGAAAGUAAUGUCACAGUUUUUCAAUGACCAUGAAACUCAGAGUCUGGGUAGUUAGUUAAUCAAUUGUGGCCCUGAAAAAAUUUGAAGGAAAAAAGACUACGAAUUUUUUUAGAAAAUGCUUUUUUCGUGAGAUUGACUCUUAAACGCUGACAAACGUCAACGAAUAGCGAAAACUAUCAUUUCUAUAUGUUUGCUUUGCUCGAAAUCGCGCGCAUUUACAAGGCCCUAAAUUGUUUUGCUGACUUGCAAGGACCCAUCUGUUAUAACGAUGCCCAAAAUAAAGAGAUGAAUCUCAUAGUUUAUUAGAUAUAAUCUGCGUAAAGUUUGCUUAUCAUUUUCGCAUAAAUUAUGACCUAAAUUUGGAAACCGCUGAAUUUCUCGAAUUGGGUCGUUGCGAUUUUGGUGAAACUUUGUUCAGCGCAAGGCACUAAUGCGUACUAUGUGUAGCCGAGAGAUUUUCACGAACAAAUACCGGCAACAGCAGAUUUUCGACUCAGACCUCAAAGGGGCGUGGCAUUAUAGCCACGUGACAUUUACUCCGAUCGCCAAAAAUUUUAUGUUAUAUUGUAGAUUGAUCUAUAUGUUAUCCAUUCUAUGUGUUAGACUUACGAUAAAAGUAAAGGUGGGGAUACCAGAGAGCUUCAAAGUAGGAUGGUACCCCCCUCAAAAACUGGGUCGAGUCACCUUAAAAGCAGAUUACUUGACAAUUAAUGAAUGAGGCUGAGUAUCUUAUGAAGAUUUAUGGAUGGAGAUCCGAGAUCUCCUUAAUUCUUCAUAUGAUACGAAAGCCGAAUUCAAUAAUUGUUUUAUUAUUCAUUUACAAUAAUUCCUAGUUUAAAAAAAAUAGCUAAAACAUGCUUACCUCCAUCGACCCAUCGUUGUUAAGUUCAUCUUCGAUAGUGCACAUUUAGGGUUGUUUAGCUCCGCAAAUAUUCUCCAAAUAGCUGAUGUCGCUCUGCGAGUUGUCUUCUUGCUGUUCUUGCCAUGUUUUAGCUAUUAUUUCGCCUAGUUCUUACUCUUGAAACGAGUGAAAUGUCCGCCGUUUUUGUUUUCACAACCAAAACAACUCAACCUCGUCCACAGGUCUUCUCGGUUAACGGUGCAUUAACCUGCAAAAAAAGCAGCACUUUUGACGUCAUCGACUCAUUAAUCGCAAAAUUCUUCCCAAUUUGGUCAUCAGUAUCUGGUGAUUGUGAAUUAUGCGUGUGCUUUAAGUCAAUCAGAAUCGAGGAAAUAUUUUGAAUGAAUAAUAAAAGCCUUUAUCUGACUCCGGAUAGUUAGUUAAUGGUCCCUAGAAGCAUUCCAACGAGUCCAAAUUGAAAAUGCCCCCAUCUUUAGAACAUAUAUUCAGUAACCUGACUUUGUGAAGUUUCAAACCGGAGUCACUUCAGUCUAGAAAUUUUUAAGUUGAGUGAAGCAACUGCGAGAGUCUGCCUGCUUAAGGCUUACAUAAAAACGUAAAUAGGUAGCAAAACACUACUUUUUUCUCGGUCCGAUAAACGAGAGUUUCGCAUGGAAUAGACAACAAACUAAAUUAUCACCUUCUUAUCUGCAAAAACCGGCCUAUGGUUCAAUGCUAUUAGAGCCCGCUGAAACUAGACCUACAAUCAUGGACAAAAGUCUUGGGACACUUUUGCGUUUCCGGGGCGUUUUCCAAUUCACACAGGUCCAACCCCUCCCCUCACCCCAAAAACAAUGUUGGAUGCGUUUUUCCAGAAUUUUUUCCGAGUUUCAACUUUGUAUAGGGCUGGGGGAGAGAGAACUGUAAGAAGAUUUCGAAAAGGAUACACUGUUUUAAGAGGGAACCGAGAAAUAACAGAAAAAUAUGAAUAUUGCAGCACUGUUCCAAGAACUUUUGUCCAGGAUUGUAGAGCCAAUUUUCCGGAGUCAGAGUUGCUUUUAAAAGGUAUAAUCAGCCAAGCUAACACCGACGAAACGUUUUUAUGGCUGGCACAGAAUAUUUUAGCGAAACUGCAGUUCAACCACGCGAUCACAUACCUGUCAACACCAUGCGGAAAUCACACCAUCGCACACUUUCGCCGCAUUGAUAAGACUAUCCACAACCAUGCAUAAUCUUCUUACCUUUAACACAGGCGAAAUACCAUCGAAUAACUCGGAAAAACUCAGCCUAUUGGUAGAUAAACACCUCUGGACUUUUCUCUUAGACUCGUCUUUUUUAAGUCCCCGGAUGUAAAGACACACGGACGGCAGACCAGCAUAGAGCCCGUUUUCACACCAGAAAAAAACUGAGUCUUGGCCCGAGUCAAAGUUAACCUGCAAUUUUACUCUCACCUAAUUCAUUUGACUCCUAAGAGCCUGUUCCCGAGGUCGAAGACUUAGUGGUCGCCUUAGAAAAGCGAACAACAUCGUACCUUUCUGUCUCAGCCCGGAUCAGGGUAAUUGAUCCGUUUAGCCAAAUGAGACGAGAAUGUAAUACGAUAUUGGACGAUACAGACUCUGCGAAUCGCAAUUAACUUUGUCCCAUCUCAAAGCUUUACCUGAUGCUCUCCGGGAAACGUUUCUCAAGGUGACCAUUAUCUUAAAGUAAACUGCUACACUGCACCGAAACCAGCUUAAGGCGCGCACUGGUUUCAAAUAUCUGUUACUUGUAUUAAAGAGAGAAUUGUGUUUAGGGACGAAAUAAAAUUGGGAAGGAUGGAGGGGGGGAGGGGGUGGGGGGUAAGAUAGUAAUUCUGCCUAAAUCCACUUCUACACGAAUCCCUAACAACAAAACAAGCAACAAAACACAUAAGCAAACAACACAGUAGACAAGCUAUUAGACAGGGCAAGUUGAGAAAAAUUACAAAAUGUUUGCUAACCCGCUUUUCAUAACUCCAGUAGAAGUAAUUUAAUAUGCCCAUUUCGGCAGCCAAAUGUUUUUGUCAAUGACACUCUUGCGUUGGCAUCCUUAAAAAGGAUCUCACGCAAGAGUGUCACUGACAAAAACAUUUGGCUACCAAAAUGGGCACAUUAAAUCACUUAUAUUAGCCACGAUUUCUGAUGUUUUCCCAAAGAAAGAGAAACCGGCCAACCAAUUACCGAGUGGAAUAUGCUAGAUGGUUAAUGGACUUGACUUGACUUACUAAAGUCAAUAAAUACCAUAACCUAUGGUAGAUAGUAAUUCUGGACUCCUUCAAGGAUUCGACUCAGUGCCAGCAUAUACGUUAUAGUAGAUAUCGACCUGGACAAAAGCCAUUCUGGUUAUAUCGCAGACAUGAAUCUAUUUUUGAGCUUAUACGAUUUUAUAAUAUUCUUUUAUAAAUUAGCUUGGCGAAUAUCAAUGUUCAGCUGAUACAUAUGUACUUUUUCCUGUGUCGCCUAAGUUCCCAGAUUUGGGGAUUGGUUUUAAGGGGUGACGCAAAAACACUGACCCCCAGUCCAUGGGCCUCCUUGCUGAUCUGGUCCACGGACCACUGUACGGACCGGUCCACGGACCCCCCAAAAAAGACAAUAAUAAAAAUGACAAUUAGAAAUUCGACUUACCGUUUGUUUUGUUUUUUGUUAUUGUUGCCUCCUUCACUGUGGCGAUGAAAGGAGGACCUGCGUACUUCGAAAGAGACCGGUUUUUCAUGUGAGCCCGCGAGAUGGUCAUGUGAUAUUUGUCAGUGGAUGCCUGAUUUUGACAGCUGUCAAUUCAUUUUAAUAUGGAUGGCGUCAAUGAAGAGAGGAUCUUUAUCCUCUCUUGAUUGCGUAUUUAACUGAAGGGGUAGUGUCAAUUUGUGUACGUAGUAAAUGUGACAUUUGACAUCAGCUUACAUGUUCAGUUUGUACGCACGAGCGACUUUCGGGCGUGCCCUGUCGUCAUAACCUAAUUUUUUUGGAUCAAAUAGAAGUUCCGCAAUAAACAAAUCUCGUAAAGAAAAAACGUCGCGGUGGAAAACAAUUAUGCCAGAUCGGCGCCUCGGCAAUUUAUUCCAGCUACCACGCCGGCGUAUCUCUAGAAAGCGGACUCCAAGUGGAACGAAUACUGUUAUUUUUUAAGAAGCCUUUUGCGCGCAAACUAAUAUAUUUUGGCACGAAAUAAAGAUAAACAAAAUGUUUACUAAAAUUUAAUACACGAAAAGAAAAUGUUACCACUUUCGAGGAGCGCGAAAUAUUAAAUGGGAUUAAGUCGUCUUAGCUGCCCACAAUGCUUACAUCUCUGGGUGGGACUGGUACUGGACGUCCAGGAAAAACACUCUGUGACCUCCCAUGUUCAACAAUAAAACGUCAUAAUAAACGUCAACUUACGCCAUUGUGUAAAUCACAUUUUGCCAAGAUGAUGAAAGUGAUGAGUACAUUUGUACUUCGUAAUUUUGGUGGCCUUGUCAUGAGCGGUUUUGAAGCUACAGAAGGGGAAAUCCGAAGAACUUUCCUGGACAAUGGAAGCGGUCUUAAUUGGAUUUAGGGACUUGUCAGAAAUUAGCAGGGGGGAGGGGAGGUGGAAAACAGGGGAGGUUUGCAGUCUUUUGAGCCCUUCAAGAGGGAGGGUUAUGAAAAAAAAAAUGAGAGCAAAAGAGGAAGGGUUACAAAAAAAUAAGCCACAACGAUCGUCAAGGGAUGCUUCAAUAUUAUCAAUAUUAUGACAUGCAAUUAUUUCCUGACAUACAGUUCAACCUCCAUUAAGUGGCCAGAGCCACCUUUUGGUCAUCUUAACGAGAGUUUUGUUUGUUGUUACCUCUAUCAAACAGCCAAGCAUUAAGCGCUUGAUACACAUACUUUGGCUUUAUUUCAAGAAUACGAUGACGGAAAAUACUGUCCGAGAUAGAAGUUGACGACCGCCGUGUGGACCAGUAAUACUACUCCCGUUGAGUGUUUGUUUCAAAAUAAAGUGAUGUUUCUGCAAAAGAUUACUACCAAUUUAAGACGAACCUCUAUUGAGCGGCCAACCUCCAUUAAAAGGCCACUUGCCAGUACCUCCAGGGUAAAAACCCAACUUAUAAAACUAACAGCUCAUGAUUUGCAUUUGCACGUCAACAUCUCAGAAGAACUACUCUCUCUCUCACGGCUUCAAAAUCAGCAGUACUCCCUUCGUGAAUAUCAUCAACAACAAUGCUAUCUCCAUCGCAAUCAUCACCAUCAUUCUCAUCAUCUUGUCCACCAUCACUAUCACCAUCCUCCCGUUCUGUCUAAUCUUUAUUUUGUUUAGCUUUCACCGUAUGAGAUCACUUCCGCGUUUUUAAGUCAAUCUCAGAGAAAUUCCGUGGACAAUAUUAAUAGAAAACAAAAAAUCGUCUUUACUGAAAUUUCAUAAAUAUGAAUUGUCAGGAAAAUCUAUGGUGAUGGAUAUGACAAAAGUAGUAAGGUAGGGUCCAAAAUAUCCUUUUUGCGGAGAAAUACAUUAAGACAAAUGGCGUCAUACCCUUUUGAAUGAAAUGAGGUGGAGUGUCAUUAAGAUAAGAUCAUUUGUCAUUUUCGGUUUUUUGGCCUCUUUGACAGAUCGAUCAAGAUCGAUAAUUUCAUAGUUUACUCUCAAUUAUGUGCGUCACGGCCUAUUGGAAAAUGAUAAUCUCAUGGAUUAUUUUAAGGUGUAGGGAUAGUGUCCUUAUAAUUUUCAUCAUCAGAACAGGUGUCACUAUUUUUUUGUAGUUUUUUUAUUUUUUUGUAGUGAAAUCUGCCAGGUUUAUAACUACAAAAGGCGGGCUUUGUACUUAUUAAUCGUAAAGGACGUCAUUUACGAUUAAUAAUUAUGUCAAACAUAGUUAAUAAUCGUGAAAAUCACGAUUAAUAACUACGUUUGACAGGCUUCGAAGUUAAUAAUCGUGAAAUUUACAGAGCCCCAUACUCAUAGAUUAUGGUCAACCUCUUUUCGUUUGGUUGUCACGUGAUUGACCGAGCGUACGUAAGUACGUACGUACGCGUCUACGAAUUGUGCGGGUGGGGUAGGGGAGACUAUCAAAAUGAAGGGAGGGGUGUCUCAGGCGUGUCUUGCCAAGUCCACAUCUUUUACAUUGAACAUUCACAAUAUGGUCAAUUGACAGCUGUCAAAACAGAAUAGCCACUGACUAGUAUCCCAUGACCGUAUCGCAGGCUCAUGUGUCAACUCAUUGAGGUGACGUGAUUUAUUUGGAAGCUGUCCGCUGACCAGUUAAUUACUUUAUUAGAUCGCGAUCAAUGUUCAGUCUCAUACUUUCCAGCUAGAUUGGGAUCGGAGCACAGGAAAACUGAUACACAUAUUGGACAUCAAUGUUGUGAUCAAUUACCUUGAGGGGUCGACACCUGAGCCCGCGUUACAGUCAGGUGAUAUCGGUCAGAGGAUACCCUGUUUUGACAGCUGUCAAUUCAUCACAACAUUGAUGUGCAACAUGUAUUCAAUAUCAGUUUUCCUGUGCUGUCAAACUAGCUAGAGAGUGAGAGAUUUUCAUGUGGUGCGGAGGGACGGGCGGUGUACGGUCACGUGAUUACCAAAUUUUCUGGGAGGAAUAGAUUUACUUAGCUAUGGGGCUCCGCUCGCGCGGGCCUUGCGCGCGAGGAGCUCCGCUUUGAUAUUGUAAAUGCUGGUAAAAGCGAAAAAGAAUGGAAAAAAGCUUUGAAAUGUCGGACUGGACCAAAAUAGAUUGCGUAUAAUUAGGGUACUUUUAAUAUUAAUAAUCUACUUAUUUUUAAUAUAGCCGGUCAGUAAAUAUUGGAUACGAACUUUAAUUCUUUUUUGACGAGUCUAUCAUUCGUGGAUACCAGGCAAAUGAUUCAGUAUUAAUUUAACAUUCUAAACUGUCAAGAUCGUUUCUACUAGUUGUCUAUAAUGUGUUUCCUGUAUAUUAACUUGUAAAUUUAUAAGUGAAAAUCACAUAUCAAUCAUAUAGCAAACGUCCCAGUUUCGCUCCUUGAAGUACACUAGUGCAGAUGGAAUAUGAUUCAGAAGCAAAGCUAUUUACAUAACCUGCUGUUUCCUGAUCCAUAAGUAAGAUCGAAACCUAGUUCUUUCUUGCUUUGUUGUAGUCCAUUAUACUUGAUAAAAUUUGAAGAUUCCUGUAUCAAAGACCUUAUAUAGGUAUCAGAAGAACAAAACCACAUAGGGUCCUUGACCAAGAGAUAAAGUACAAUAGGAUCAAUUGAAAGUCAGAGGGUGUAUAGCCUGUUCUGAACUUUUAUUGAUUGAUAUGAAUGAUGUUUUCAUAACUCAUGAACUGUUAAAAAAUACCAGCUUGUUACGUGUUUUUUUAUGUGUGAGAGAAUUGGCGUUUUAUUAAGUUAAAGGUGCUGGAUAAUUUUAUGAAGGAAUUAGAUGCUCAACAAAUUGCAUGUACAUGUAUAAUACUUUGCAGAAAAGUGCACACUGUAUUUAAACUCUUAGGAGAAAUACUAAUCUAGAGAGCGUCAAGCAGAAGCGAUAUCAAAACCCAGUCUAUCAUCUUAAUUUUUUGACUCGCAUUAGUAAAUGUGUCGUACAAUAAGAAUACUGUAAGAUAUGAUAAAGAAUGUCAUCAUGUGGUUGUUAGUACGUUUGUUAUCAUCAUAUAUAGUAGCCAUUUCUAUUAUAGUUACACAGCAUCUGGGCAGUUAAAAAAUUUAAUGAAAGAUAUUUCUAGUUAUAAAUCUUGUUUUACAGUUGCUGCACGCGAUGAAGGUUGCUUUAAGAUUAAUGAGCUGUCUUUUGGCAUUGACCUCACUUCAUACGUUAAAAGGAGCCAAUGCUGGUGAAGGCAGACACGUUAUCCCAACAUCUGACAAAAACUGUGCUGGUUAUGACCUCGAGGGAAGAAUCCAUGACCUAGCAGCUCUCCAACGAAAGGACGGACAGCCGAGGUAAAUUCAGACAUUAUAUACUGAAAAGAAUAGUAAAUCCAGUGUUCAAAAGUUGGGCCAAUUGCAAUCCACCAAGAUUAGCAUUAUUUACCAUUAAUACAAGGGAUUGCAAGCAGGGAAGUGGACCGAACUGAAAAUUAGAAGGAGCACAAGAUCGAUGUUUUCAAGUUUGGCUGCUUGUGCUAUUUGAGAAAUUUACACAUAAGUCACAUAAAAGCACUUUGAGAAUUUAGUCUUUGAGACUGAUAAAAAGUUGAAAGUUUCAGUAAAUAUCAUGGGACCUGGAUUUUAUAGGUAUAAUUCCGUUAAACACUAAGGUCGAGAAUGAGCAUACACACACACACACACACACAAAACAUAAAGCAUACAUAAAACUAUUUAUUUUGCUCGUUAAAGAAAAAAAUAUAUACUGGGAUAAUAAAAUGUGGAGAAUGAAUGAAAGAUGUUCUCUUUCGCAGUUGUGCCCCUAGUAUUUUGAUCUAUUUCCAUACACCAACAUGCAUCACUUGCGUUUGUCCAACAGGUUCUGGGUGGUUUCAGGUGGUUUGAACUAUACUUAUAAUCCCUGUAGACCAUUCUCUCAAGGGACGACACAAGCAAGUGACUGUUUCGGAGAUGUGGCUGUAAGUUGUUUAACUUACUAGUAACAGAAAACUUUACAUUGAAAACGUUGCCCGCGUCUCGUGGUUAAACUUGAGUUUUAACCAUGUUUACGUGGAACGUUUCGCCGUGAAAACGUUAGAUUUUCAUUCCUUUGACGGUGUGAAAUUAACUUAUAUCGACUCAGUUUAUAAAACCAAAUGUAAGAAGGUUCAAUGUUUGAUUAGCAAUCAGGGAACUUUCACCGUGCUAAUACAUUAUAUCAAUACAGGCGGCAUCUGUAUUUGUGAUUUCGUCUGUAAGAUGGUUUUCUUUUCUCCAAAUCAGGUUUGCAUGGGUGAGGUAAACAAAGCACAGUACCAACUGAUUGGUACGCAAAGCUCAUUCCAUUAUGGUUUCAAUAAAGAGAGCCACACACCAAAGCUUGUCUAUACCAAUAAAGAGUAAGUUGUUGUGUUUCUUUCUUUUAUUAGAUUAAACCCAGUCCUAAAUCUGAUUUGUAAGGUUCAGCAAUCCUCGGCCACAAACGUUGUUUUAAGUAUUCCUUUUGAGACACUAUCAAGUGGAGAGCCGUUUGUCCACACACAUAAACUUUUUGUUGAACUCGCCCAUGUGUAACUACGUCUUAUAUAUGAUGAUACUGUGAUAUAUGCGUUAUUUACACAGUGUGAGGUCAAGAUGGCUGGAUAUUAGCCAAGUUUCUUUGCGUUUUUUAGCUUGCAUGAAAGGCGCUUUAUGAGCCAAGCGAAGUCAAGGGUGCAUUUCGCGCGAGGGCCACUCGCGCAAUUUUCGCCUUGCUUGGCUCAUAUCGCGUCUGUCGUGUAGGCUACGCCUUUUUGGUCCGAAGCAAAGUCAAGGAUAGUAGAAACGAGUGAGGAAUGUAAAUGAACGAAAUCAUCCUACAAUCUUACCCAACAAGUUCAAUAAACCGGCCCAUAGGAAGCAAGCUUUUACUGCAUGCAUGGCCAAAGUGGGCUGUCAGGAAUGGGCAAGCGCACACUAACAUUAAUCAGAACACGGGAUUAGCUUCAUCCUACCCGUUUGCGGAACAGGACAUAUUUUUUUGUUUGUUGGUGUAUUUAAAGGUCCUUUCCGAAUGGACAAGUUAUAAUCGACCUCAAGUGCGAUCCAUCAAAGAAAACACCUGAGGAGGCACUUUUCGUGUUUAUCAGUGAUACUAACGGCAUUUGGGUAAGUGAAACUGGUACAUAGCUAUUAAAUGAAAUGUAAAUACCAAAAAUACACAGUACUUUUCUGUACUGUCCAUGGCCGCUUUCUGGCGAUUGCAUCGAGGACUCCUUAAAGUGUUUCUGAACAGGACUGAAAAGCCAUGGUGUGUUCCCGUCCACACCUCUUUUUUUUUAAAUUUUUUGCUUUUUGGUUCACCAUUCGUCCUGCCGGUGAAAUGAACGUUCAUGGAAGCCUUAGUUUCUUUACAAAACUCACUCAGGAAAGUAGGUUAGUUUUAGAUUUUACUUGUGUGGAGGGAUAAAUGGAGUCUAUUAACGAAACGACUACAACGCACUAUCUCACGCGCAAGACACGACAAAAAUUUCACAUCGAGAACAGACCCAUACCCAUUGGAGUCAGCGUUAUUUUUAGCUUUUUUAAAUCCCUCGAGUUAAGCGGAUGGCUUUGUGUAAUAUUCAAGCUGAUCAUGCCUCAUAACUUGAGCCCACGCUCACUCUGGGAUUUGAAGACUGGAAACGUUAAAUGGACAAACAAGGAAACAAUCGACAGGUUUGGGUAAGGCAAGGACGACUACUGAAGACAUGUAAUUAAAAGUCAUUCUCGAGGUUGGAAUUGGAAUUGGAAACACCAAACGUUCUGGUUAGAUUAAUCUUCGAUACUCAAAUAAAGGUGAGCGUCGACGGUGCCGUAAGCGUCCUGCAAGCACUCAAGUCUAUUUUUGUCUUUUUUCAUUGGUAGAAAUUUUUAUUGACCAGCAUUUGUUCAUGUCCUGAUGGUUGUCCAAGUGAUUCAGACGACACAGGUACUUUAUAAAAUUCACAUUGAAACCUACAUAAGCAACACGAUGAACAGUAAAACAGAAAUUAAAUCAUUCAGUAGUCCUUACUAAGGCCUAAGUCAGAGGAUGUCUGUAAUACGCGUACCGGAUACCUGCGGAUGGCGAAUGGAAAAUUGCGGAUAGAAAAAAUGCAGAUAAGACCAGCAUCUUAAUGCGGUGUAAUUCAAUAAGCAUUCUGACGUUACUUUCCGGAGUUGUCGCUAUUUUUUAAACAUUACUUUAUUCGAAAUUUCAUGGUUGUCAUGCUAAGAGGGGGAGAAGAGCGUUGGUGCUUCAGAAUUGCAAAACAAACGACAAACAUUUUUAAUAUAAAAUUACUUCUGACCUAGAGAGCUGAUUUCUUUGCUUUCACUGGAUAUACAUGUAGCAGGGAAAAUAUUCUCAGGAAAAUCAAAUCAAGACUUAUUUGUUUGAGCGUGUUAAGACAGGAAAAAAUUGCAGCAUCAACAAGCAAAAGGCGGAACGUAAUAACAUAAACUUUACGAUUGGCAGGUGCGAAUCAAUUCCGCCUAUCGUUUGGAUUUAUUGCUAACAAGUUCUACCUUUUGGAAAUUUAUAAGUGAACGAAUGAAUGAGCUCGCAUUUUUAAGACUGCAAAAUACACUUAAGAUGCAAUUAAAAGAAAAAAAAACAGGCCUCUUGAUCGAUCGCUAAAUCGAAAAGGUUCAAAAAAAGGCUACUUUCUGUUUCAUUUGUUUUUGUUUUUAAUUUUUCUCCAAGCAAAAUAGUUUCCAAAACUAUCAUCCUCAGUGAGUUUUUAGAACGUCUGUAUCGAGCAACUUACCUAUCCGGUCUAUCCUAGAAGCAGCAACACAACAUACUUUAGAACAAAGAUGUUUAAUUAUUACAAAUCAGAAAAAAAACUAGGCUGUUUCUUAAGAAGCCUUUAUAAUUCUUUUUUAGCGAUGUCUACAGCAGAUCACUACUUUUUAUUUGUUCAUAGUAGCUCUGCGUAAAAUUGUAGAAGUGGAACGAGGGCCAAUAAAAUGCCUCUGUUGCGGGUGAAGCAUUCCGCAUAUUGCUUGAAAAAGAAUCUCUGAACCCUGAUUAAACAAGACUCACCCAAAACCCAGAGAAAUUUUGUGAAACAGAAGACCAUUAGUGUAACAGUAGCUUAGCUUUUGAUAUAAAAAAAACGGGCUUCUGCAGGUGUCUGCAGUUCAGAGUCACUCUCUGGACUGUAUCCUACGGCUGCUAACGUAGAGUUGACCAUAGUCCAGGCAGAAAGGAAGCGUCCCACGAUUUAAUGAAUAUUGAUUUAUAUUGGGAGUCUUUUUCAAGAUCAGGCUAUAUUGUGAGGAAACAUGGCGAUUUACGAGGCGAGAGCAAAAUAGGCGAAACAAUGCACGCCGAUUUUUUGGCGCAGUUCACCCUAUAUUUUGGUUUAUUUUGUUGUCUCUAGUUAUAUUUAUUUAAGUAAAUUUCGUCUUUGUUUGUAGUUGUUGUCCCAACAACUUUAUACACGUGUUUUGCUCUCCGAUGAUAGACAUCAAACUGUUUAUAAUCAGAAUGUAAAUAUAUAGCAGAGCCAUAACAGAAAAAAAGUGUUUUAGCGUCACAAUUUAUGUAUCCAAAUUUGUGAGUUUUUUAUGUUCUUGUUAUCAUGGUCCGCAAUUUUUUCUAUCCGCAGUUUUCCAUCCGUAUUUUUCCAUCCGCAUCCGCCAUCCGCAGGUAUCCGCGGUCCGCCUAUUACAGACAACCUAGGCCAGACGUCAAACUUUUCAUGAGACGAACCAAACUUAGUGAGCUUAGAGUCCCCAGGAGAAACGUCGAUCUCCCUGACAUGCGACGAACUUAACUAAUAAAUUAAAAACUUGUAUGAUAAUGUUUAUUACUGAUUCAGUUGAUUGGUUCGACCCGUCCUAAGUUCGACGUCUGACGGCCCAACAGACGACCUUAACUUAAUUUCGGUCGACCCAAAGUAGAGUUUGGUUCUCGUAAAAAGUUCGACGUUUGGCCUAGGCAUAAAUAACCCUAACUUAGAUUGUUUGCUCUCCCAUUUCACCGGUUGUUACUCAAGGCAACUGUAGUUUCAAAGUUCGUCACAUAAAAGUGUAUACAACUGUAUCAAUGCAUAAUCCAUUAAAAGAAAUAUCAAGUAAUUCAAGCAAACGACGGUUGAAAAGCCUGUUGCAUCCAUGUUAAUACUAUUUUUGGGGGGUUAUUUUCAGGUGGUGGUGUAAACAAGCUGGCUUACAUCUUACCAUUAGCUUUCGUAGGUAUUGUGGUUAUUGUCAUUGUUCCAGCGCUUUACUACUACCGCAAACGCAGGACUGAAGGUCGGCGACCUGCUAUUCUUCAAAAUGAGGAUGAGGACACUGGAGCAUAUGCACUUUCUUAUGGUUCGAAUGACCAAGAAGAUACCAAAAAUAUUCAGGGGCACCCAGCGAGAACUUAGUUCAAAACCGCUAAAACAUAGCAUUGUUAAACGUAUUUUGGUAUUUAAACGGUAGAUAGAGGCAUAUUUUUAUCCCCUAAAAAUUUUUCAUCUGUUCGGAUUUUCUAGCUGGAAGUCUAGUGAUCCGAAAAUUAUAGGGAUCAAAACUUACCUUUUCGAAAAUUUCAGCCAGAAAAAAGGCUCCCGAAAAUUCUAGGUGACCUUUUCAGGGUAAAAAUCCGUUAAAAAUAGGCAAUUAUACCAUAUUUUAGAUGUUCGAAAAUCCUAGAAGAAGCAGGCAAGCAAGAAAUUUUACAACAAAUGUUCCGAAAAUUCUAGAUCUCAAAUCGUCGUCCGAACAGAUAUUUUUCCGAAAAUUGUCGUUGGGUGCCCCUGAAUAUUGAUACCACAGGAAACGGAAAUAGAGACACCCAAGUUUUGUCGGCUUGACAUGUGGAGCCUUUUUUGACUUUGCCCUUUUAUAGUUUUUCCUUCAUUAACCUUUAGCCUUUGUUAGCCCUGUAUCUGUAUUGGAUACGAACUCAGUAGAGAGGGAAGUGUGUUUCUAUAAAUCAGUCUCUGGCCUCAAAGGUUGCGAACUUGUUUAGUUUUUGAAGACUUGUUGUCUACGUUUCCUAUUGGGGGCGGAACAUAAAAAGCCGUCAUUUGCAAGGCUAACUUGUUGUGUCAGCUUAGCACGUGAUGUAGUUUUAUUGCGGCGCGACAAUUGAGUUUAUUUUUAAGAGCUAAAUUGGACGAAUUCGUCUUGGAAGCGCUAAUAAAAUAGCCUCAGCCAGAGUAACGCUAUUACGGCGGCAAUAUCACGAAAAAUUACUUCGAUGUAUGUACACACCAAAAGAUGUCCUUGUUUUACAAUAUUAACUGCCUCAGUUUACUCUAUAUUGGCGGCCGUUAUCAGAUUGCCUCUUUUGGUAUAUCCAAUGAUAUACAUCAUAUAUUAUGAAAUUCCUGUUGCCUGACAACAUUGAUAAAGCUUCAACGGCAAGAAUUGCAACCUUUAUUGCCCAAGACUCAACGAUGUACAUGCGUGUAUCAGACCAAAAGAUUAAAAUGUAAGAUUAACAAACGUUUGCUUAUGCGUCUUUGCAAAGGAAUCAGAGAAAUUGUGUAGCAUAGUGACUGGAAUGAUGUUCUAAGUUUAAUUUCACCUUUUUCCAGUGCGACUAUUGUAACUGGUGCCACGUAGACAAAGUUGACCAAUUGGAUUAUAGGAUAAUAGCAAUACAUUCCAAGAAUGUUGGUUGUGGGCCAAUCAACAGCUGGUAAAACAACAAAAAGUUACUCGGAGCACAAAAUUUAAAUAAUGAUGGCAAACGUUUUUCAAGAAAUUAAAAGGCUCACCAGACAAUGUAUUUCUAUUCGAAACUUUACCUAUAACGUCCAGUAAACAUAUUUGUUUGACUCAAGCUGUUAUUUUGUGGCCCCGGUAAUGGGAGUCGAAUUGUAAUUAUAAUUCUCGUUCUGAUUAAACCUUGUCCUUGUUAUUCAAAUGUUGGAUAGCACUCUCUGUGGAUAAAUCACUAUUUUUAUUCUCC